AUGAUCAGCUUUGUUCGAGUGACCCGCUCUAACGACCCCAUGUUGGACAAUUUAGUCAACUUACUCUACAAUGAGUUUGAAGUCCAUCAAUUGCGCCCAUUGAAACAGUUGAAAAACGUUAUUGACACGCAGCCCAACCAUUACUUUACAGCCAUUGUUUUCAAUAAGAAGGUUGUUGGUGUAAUUGUCUAUUGGAAGUUAUUGAACUCGUUUUUCUAUAUCGAGCACUUUGCAGUCUUCUCUGAAUUCCGUGGAGAGAAAAUAGGUCAAAAAGUGAUGGAUCACAUUAAUAACACAAUAGGUGGACUCUGGUUACUUGAAAUUGAUCCCAUUGGUGACGUUGUACAUGACAGACUUCGAAAGUGGUAUGAGAAGAAUAAGUUCACUGUCACUAAAUUGAACCACAAACAACCCCCUUAUGUCGCAAAUGAAGGAACUACUCCCCUUCAUAUCAUGACUAAUAAACCAACCAACAAAUUGGAUUUGUAUCUCAGUACAAUUACUAAAGAAGUGUAUCAAGUUGGUUAUAAAUUUACUAGAGAAUAG